AUGGCUAGUUCACUCCUUACGAAUACUCAGCUACAAAAUGUUCUGGCCACUCAACAAGAGCAAAAUGGCCCUGACCGAAACACGGCCGUUGGCCACGAUCAAGUGGUAGUCGAAGACAUUGCGGAAGUCACCGGGGGACCAGUAUUGAGGCCGAAUCCGGCCACUUUAUUGGAACUCCAACAACUCAUGCGUGUCACGGAGACAAUGGCCCAAACGGUGGUCACUCAAAGUGCUUAG